AUGCCGGAGCCCGGGCCGGACGCCCCCGGCACAGCCAGCGCUCAGCCCCCGCCGCCGCCUCUCCCGCCUCCCGCGCCCAAGGAGUCCCCGUUCUCCAUCAAGAACCUGCUCAACGGAGACCACCACCGGCCGCCCCCUAAGCCUCAGCCGCCCCCACGGACGCUCUUCGCGCCGGCCUCGGCCGCCGCCGCCGCCGCCGCCGCCGCGGCCGCAGCCGCCAAGGGGGCCCUGGAGGGCGCCGCGGGCUUCGCGCUCUCGCAGGUGGGCGACCUGGCUUUUCCCCGCUUUGAGAUCCCGGCGCAGAGGUUUGCCCUACCCGCGCACUACCUGGAGCGCUCCCCGGCCUGGUGGUACCCCUACACCCUGACUCCCGCCGGCGGCCACCUCCCGCGACCCGAAGCCUCGGAGAAGGCCCUCCUGCGAGACUCCUCCCCCGCCUCGGGCACCGACCGCGACUCCCCGGAGCCGCUGCUCAAGGCCGACCCAGACCACAAGGAGCUGGACUCCAAGAGCCCGGACGAGAUAAUUUUGGAGGAGAGCGACUCCGAGGAAGGCAAGAAGGAGGGCGAAGCGGCGCCGGGCGGGGCCGGGGCAAACGUGGGAGCGGCGGCCGGGGCGACGCCGGGCGCCGAGGACUGGAAAAAGGGCGCCGAGAGCCCCGAGAAGAAGCCCGCGUGCCGCAAGAAGAAGACGCGCACGGUCUUCUCGCGCAGUCAGGUCUUCCAGCUCGAGUCCACCUUCGACAUGAAGCGCUACCUGAGCAGCUCGGAGCGCGCCGGCCUGGCCGCGUCGCUGCAUCUCACCGAGACGCAGGUCAAGAUCUGGUUCCAGAACCGCCGCAACAAGUGGAAGCGGCAGCUGGCGGCCGAGCUGGAGGCGGCCAACCUGAGCCACGCUGCGGCGCAGCGCAUCGUGCGGGUGCCCAUCCUCUACCACGAGAACUCAGCGGCCGAGGGCGCGGCGGCCGCGGCCGCGGGGGCCCCGGUGCCAGUCAGCCAGCCUCUGCUCACCUUCCCUCACCCGGUCUAUUACUCGCACCCGGUGGUCUCUUCCGUGCCGCUGCUGCGGCCCGUCUGAGGCCCGAGAGGGGAGAGGGAGGGAGCGCCCGGCCCCCUUUUCGGACCCCGGAGGAGACUGGGCCGGGCCGGGCUGGCUGAAGGCACCGAGGUGUCAGCGGCCUUGGGGAACCCCGGGCUCCGGCGCCCGCGCAGCCCCGGCCUCCCUUCCCCCAAUCAGUAGCGUUUUGUAAGUAUUUGCAAUGCAUUUUCGUGCAAUUCACCCCUAAUGGAUUUGAGGCGCUUUCCAUCUUACUUUUGGCUUUGGUUUAUAUUAAGAGAAAGGAGGAAGAAAACAAAAUUCCCGGGUCAAAUAUGUCGGCUGCAAGCUUUUGUAAAAUGUCCAGUCCUCCC